UGAGUAUUUAUGGACCAAUGAGAGCUGGGAGAAGCUGAUUUUUUUUUCUUGCUGUGGAUAUUGGAGGUUGCAUCAUUUUUCCUAACUUUCUAGGACAGUUUAUGGAUGGCCUAAUAGGUCCGAAUAGAUGGAAUGGCUAUUCCGGGAUCAUUGAGGUAAGAGACCACAGAAUAUCUAGGUUGAGAAUUCCAUCUAGUCUGGAAGGCAGCAUUUUCAGUGAGCUAUGCCACUUUCCCAACCAGGGUAACAAGCUGCAACCUAAAAUGCUUUGGUAAUUGCAUGAACAGUGCAGCGCAGAGGGGCAACACUGCAGCGGCGGGGUCGAAUUCACUAGCAGCCAAAAAGCGUGUAAGUGAAGAGACUUGAGCUAGCUUCUCCGACGUGACUUAUCAAGGCAAUUAUAAGAGGCCCAAUGUUGGUGAAUGCACCGACCAGAAUUGUCACAGAAUGGUCAUCAUGGCUGUCCCUGUGAAUGUGAAUGUGGUGCGGCGUGUCCAGGACCAGGGAAGGAGCCAACAGCCCCACUCUUUGGUGGUCGGUGAUAGGCUCCAACUAAGCGAAGAUCUCAAACCACAGGGCCACAGGUCGGCUUUUUGUACGCUAAGGGAGGGGUCAAAAGCUCUUUCCCACUUGACCUCCACCUCCACCUCCAUCUCCACCAGCGUCAACCACUCUACCUCUACCUCCCUCCUGCUGCAGCAACAUACCGACACUCUACUACCCGCCUUCCUCUUGAGCUCUCCCCACCUUCUUACCUCCCCCAACCUCCUUGAAUCUUCUUCCACCGACCGUCCUCCCCCUCCAGCAUUCUCCUCCACGACCUUACUCUCCUUCAUCCCCAACCCAACCCUCAACCCUCCGAUUCCGCUCGAGUCCCUCAUCGCCCCACCACCUUUGACGUGCGUUACGUCUCUUUCAUACUUGGGUACUCCCUUCGCGACAUUUCCGAUCAACACUCAACAGUAAGAAACCUGGUUAUCUCUUCAUUACCCAUAUUAUUACCAGUCCAUAUUUUUAGUCACUGUCAAUAAUAUCCGAUCCCCUAUUGUCAAAUUCAUCACAACUGUUAUCGCAUUGCUAACCAAGAUGCCUUUUUCUCUACAGACAAAAGUGACUGGUCUUUGUCACGGUGUUGUCAUUCAACCAAUCCCAUCAAAAGUGAUAAUUCAAUUGCUCACUCUGCCCCUCACACAAUUCUCGCCUCCAGAAGUCAGACUAAGUUCCAACCAUGUCUUCUGUACAAGAGAACCGCGAUACUGGAUCCAAUGGUGAUGAGCUCGCCAACGACAUGAACAACCUUAGCGUAGGUGACGAAGAGCGCCUGGGACCUGAUGGCGAGCCUCUUCCCAAGACAGAUGAGGAUUACGAAAACGCCCAACUUACUCUUCGCGCCAUCGUCUCUUCCAAGGAAGCUGGUGUGAUCAUUGGCAAAGGUGGAAAGAAUGUUGCAGACCUUAGAGAUGAGACUGGUUGCAAGGCUGGUGUCAGCAAGGUGGUUCAGGGUGUCCAUGAUAGAGUUUUGACUAUCGCUGGAGGUUGCCUUGAUAUCUCCAAGGCCUACGCUAUUGUAGCCAAGGCUCUUCUCGAGGGCGCACCACAAAUGGGCAUGGGAGGAGUUGUAUCUCAAAAUGGCACUCAUCGUACGUUGAUUUUCCUCUGCCCGAGUUCUGAUGAAUAGCAAGCACUGACAUCCCACCUCAGCUAUCAAGUUGUUGAUCUCUCACAACCAGAUGGGCACGAUCAUUGGCCGACAAGGUCUCAAGAUCAAGCAUAUUCAAGAUGUCUCUGGUGUCCGCAUGGUCGCUCAAAAGGAGAUGCUCCCUCAAUCCACCGAGCGCAUUGUUGAGGUCCAAGGCACCCCCGAGGGUAUUCAAAAGGCCAUCUGGGAGAUUUGCAAGUGCUUGGUUGAUGACUGGCAACGCGGAACCGGCACCGUCCUGUACAAUCCGAUUGUCCGAACACAACCUGAGGCUUCCGGAAGAAUGGGCGCUCAACCUCUCGACCGCGGCAGUCCUCGUGGCGAGUACAACAGCAACAACCGUGUUAUGCGCACUGGUAACGGUGCUGAUUUCAGUGAUGGCGCACCGCGCUCCUACAACAACCGUCGCUCCGAUUCGGAUGCUGGUCAACGCGGCCCCCCAACCCACGACGAGAACGGAGAGGAGCUCCAGACACAAAAUAUCAGCAUUCCAUCGGACAUGGUUGGCUGCAUCAUCGGUCUUGCUGGUAGCAAGAUCAGUGAGAUCCGAAAGACUUCUGGUGCACGCAUCAGCAUUGCCAAGUCCCCCCACGACGAGACUGGAGAGCGCAUGUUCACCAUCAUGGGCAGCGCCAAGGCAAAUGAGUCGGCUCUCUACCUUCUCUACGAGAACCUCGAGGCCGAGAAGAUGCGACGCAGCCAAGGUGCCUCCCAGGAUUAAUACUUAGGUCCAACCUCACGAUGGGCUCAUCAAAAUUUCCUUUUAUGCUGGCAAGCAUUGUCUAGGUUCCUCCACCAGAUCUGACUUGCCGCGAGGCUGAUAUUGAUGUAAUGGAUUUUCUGCAAACGAUUCAUCACCUAUUAAUUGUUCGAUAUUCUCUUCACCCCAAAAGCGGUCCUUUGCUCUUUCCAUGACGAUUUUUCUUUUUUUCCCUUUUUCCUUACGGUACGGACUUUACGACGUUACGGUCAUACGAUACUUGCGUGGUAUACUCGGGUAGAUUCCUAGCAAGUGUUCCCCCCCUUGAUACUCGAUCAGACGAUUCGCCUUGACAUUUAAUUACUCGAGACACCGUCCUCCUGCCUCGACAUCUCUGCCAAACCGACGUCCAUCCUCGAACGACGCACGAGAAGCGCCCUAAUCUCGUCAUUCAUGCGGCAUGACCCGUUUCUCAUAAAGUCACACUCACACACAUCACACAUCACACAUGCUCAUUUUCCACUCUACUACCACGACGAUGCGCACGGCGAAAUGACUCGCACUCUUCUCAUAUACUUUGAAUGACGCAGUAGCCAACCCCCAAUUCCUUGACGUAUGGUUUCUGACCAGUCAUCUCAAUCGAUCUUGUUGG